GUCAGGUUAUGCACCGCGUUAGUAUCUAUUCGACUUUCGACCGUAACUUGCAGCAUAGCCUCCGUUAUCUGCUGCCUCCCAACUGGAAUCCAGCAUCGAUAUCUGGGUCUAUAUCGUCCGAACACCUAUACUCUAGAAAUACACCAGUUGGAAGUUCAACGUAUAAAGUAACUCGCGGCGCUUGCUUUUUUUACGUGCGACUUGCAACUUGAUAGACAGGAUGGCGUGAUAAGCAUAUUAUGUAAUCACACGACUGACAAUAAAUCUGAACCCUUCUUGUUCCCUCCCUACCCCUUUCCUUCCCACCCUCCUCCGUAGAUUCCUUCCCCUUUUCCUUAUUCCUAGAUUUUUCAUCAUGUCAGCUAAUGGACACGCCGUUCGCUCUGCUCUGGCCCCUGGUCACUUUUUGUUCACCUCUGAGUCUGUUGGUGAAGGUCAUCCUGAUAAAAUCUGUGAUCAGGUCUCUGAUGCCAUUCUCGACGCUUGUCUCGCUGAAGACCCAUGGUCCAAAGUCGGCUGUGAAACCGCCUCCAAGACGGGUAUGAUCAUGGUCUUUGGCGAGAUUACCACCAAGGCCCAUCUGGACUACCAAAAAAUCAUCCGCAACACAAUCAAGGAAAUCGGAUACGAUUCGUCGGAGAAGGGCUUCGAUUAUAAGACUUGCAACAUCCUCGUCGCUAUCGAGCAGCAGUCCCCCGAUAUCGCCCAGGGGCUUGACCACGGUGACCUCGAGAGCCACGGUGCGGGUGAUCAGGGUAUCAUGUUUGGCUAUGCGACCGAUGAGACGGAGGAACUUAUGCCUCUCACUAUCGUUCUCGCACACAAGCUGAACCAGGCCAUGGCUGCUGCUCGCCGGUCAGGCCUGCUCCCUUGGCUCCGCCCCGAUACCAAGACUCAGGUGACCAUCGAGUACAAGAAGGAUGGCGGCGCGACCAUCCCUCUUCGUGUGGAUACCAUCGUCGUUUCUGCGCAGCACGCCGAGGAGAUAGCACUUGCCGAUCUCCAAAAGGAUCUCCUCGAAAAGGUUAUCAAGAAAGUUAUUCCUGCGUUCCUUCUUGACGAACGGACUAUCUACCACAUUAACCCCACCGGCCGAUUCGUCAUUGGUGGGCCCCAGGGCGACGCUGGAUUGACGGGUCGGAAGAUUAUCGUCGACAGCUACGGAGGUUGGGGAGCCCAUGGAGGCGGGGCUUUCUCUGGAAAGGACUUUUCCAAGGUUGAUCGUUCGGCCGCUUAUACCGCUCGUUGGAUUGCCAAGUCGUUGGUUGCUGGCGGCAUCGCCCGUCGUAUCCUUGUCCAACUCUCCUACGCCAUCGGUGUAGCUGAGCCUCUGUCGAUCUACGUCGACACCUACGGCACAGGAAAGAUCUCGGAAGAGGAGAUUGUUGAACUCAUCCGUAAGAACUGGGACCUCCGGCCUGGUAUUAUGGUCCGUGAACUGAGCCUGCAGAAACCUCAGUACCGCAAGACGGCUUGCUAUGGUCACUUUGGUAACCCCGACUUUAGCUGGGAAAAGCCCAAGAAGCUCAUCCUCUGAGCUCCAAGCCGCUCCUAUCCUGUCUUUCGUUUAAUACCCAUUACAAUUACGUUAUCACGCACGGGAAGUUCAUCCUUCCGUUCAUUGUUUAUCAUCAUAUCGCAUUGUUAUAUCACUAUCACUGCUCUGGACUGUAGAAAUUUCUGUAGGGACGUAGUUGUGCUAACAAAAAAACGUAGAUAAUAGUUAGUAAAGCAGAAAAUAAAUCGCGCUCAACCGCGUUGUUUUUCUGUACUUCUGGGGAACC